AUGCGGCAGACUCCAGAGGACAGCAGGCACUGCAGGAAGAAGGCACCCCCGCACCAGCUCCCAAAUACUUAUAGAAUAUUUAAUACUGAUAUACCAGAAGUAAACAUGAGAAUAGAAAAGAUCAACGGUGAAUAUAUACCUAAAAAGAAUAAACAGUCUUUCCAGCACUCAUAUUUACCAGAGUGGCGCAAUAAUCCCCAACCACAUUAUGCAAAAUUAAUUAACACCAACGUAAGGUUCUUAAAUGAACCAAUAUACUAUAUGGAAACAGAAGGCACAGUGGCUAAAAAGCAUCAUUGGUGGCCAAGUGGGGAACCAUGUGUAUAUCAUUAUAGUCCACCUUACGACAGACAGAGCACUCAAAGAAAUGAUUUCCAGAAGCCAACCUGUACAUUGUCUUCUCCAACUAAAUACAGCAGUAAACUACAGCCUUCCUGUGGAAUAGUUCCACUUGCAAUUCCUAGAACAUCAACAAGCCUUCCAAAAAUUUUACAGGAGCAGAUCUCCUUUAUUCAUCAGUACAAUGCCAGAAAAUCUCCUAAUGAACCCAUCCGAGGAAAGCGACAUGGAGCUUUUGUGUGGACAGAGAUAAAACCAGUGAGUGGGCCAAUAGUUCCUCAGGGAACAGAAGUAUUCCUGAGUGCUAGAGGGUCAGGCUCACUGGAACAGCCAAAAACAGAGAAAGGAAACUCAGUGGAAAGCCAAAUGACCUCACCCAGUCUCUGCCUGCAGAAUUCCCAGGAGACAUUAGGCUGUGAAACUCACUUAUCAAAACCAGACGUCAGAGAAGCAGCCAAGGCAUACCCCAGAAUCCCUGUGAGAGCACAGAAGAGUUCAGACAUUUCUCAGGCAACUGAAGUGGAUGUUAUCCGUCCUGCUGGGGACGAGUCUUUAUGUCCAGCAAUGAAAGGUCCUCUAGAUAAAUCUCUGGAUAGGUUACCUCCCGCACAUAAAAACAUACGACUCCCUGAUAUCACCAUCAGUCACUAA